AUGGCCAGCCUCUUUUCCACUGCUGUAAGCGACUCCUCAGUUGCCCUGGUGAGGGACUUCAAGCAUGCUGGAGCUAAGCUGUUCAGGCUGCUAUUUGAGGUGACCGUUAACGUGGCCCGAACUCGGGGGUCAGGGGGACCUGACUUUGUGCUGAGGCCUCGCAGCAAGACCUUGGAAGUGGCCGCGGGCGGACCAGGCGACCUGAGGCUGGCGUACAGACGCAGUUCCUGUGACGGAGUGGUGCUGGUCCGCCACGAGGAGCAGUGGGGACACGUGUGCAACCAGGAGUGGACGUUGGCGGAGGCGUCCGUGGUCUGCAGGCAGCUGGGCUGUGGCCAUGCCGUGGGUGCCCCCAAAUACGUCCCAUUGCCCGGGGAGAUGGUGCGGCCCUGGCUCCACAACGUGUCCUGCAGGGGUGAUGAGCCCUCCUUCUGGGAGUGCAGCCUCGGGGCUUGGACUCGGAGCAAGUGCCCUCACGAGUGGGUGGUGGUUGCUCUGUGUGCAAAUGGCACCUUUCGGGAGAUCCGGCUGGUAAAGGGCCGCAGCCCCUGCUCUGGACUCCCCGAGAUCCGGAAUGUGAAUGGGGUGGAUCGCCUCUGCGGCCUGCAUGAGGAGGAGGCCACGGUGUUCUGCCAGGAGCUGGGGUGUGGGCCUGUGCUUCAGGCCCCCCGCCAAGACGUGGGGGUCGUCAGGAAGUACAUGAUGUGCAGGGGUACCGAGCCCACCAUCCGGAACUGCAGACUCAACAAUAAUCUCCGCAGUGGUUGUGACUUCCGGCAGGACGCGGAGGUGGUCUGCUCAGGACACAUGGAAGCCCGGUUGGAGGGUGGUGAGCACCCCUGUGCCGGGCGUCUGGAAGUGAGGCGUGGCCUGACCUGGGGCACUGUCUGUGACGCUGACCUGGACCAGGCAACGGCUCACGUUGUGUGCCGGGAGCUGCAGUGUGGCUCGGCUGUGUCUACUCCUGGGGGCGCCCACUUCGGCCAGGGUUCUGGGCCUGUGUGGACAGAGGCCUUCCACUGUGCAGGCAAUGAGUCUCUGCUGUUCCACUGCCCCCGGGGGCCUGGGCACCAGUGUGGGCACCGCCAGGAUGCCGGGCUCAGGUGCUCAGGUGAGGCUGGGAGGUUCCGGCUGGUUAACGGCAGCAGCAGCUGUGAGGGGCGCGUGGAGCUCCAAGUGCAGGGGGCCUGGGCACCCCUCUGUGCUGCCCACUGGGACUUAGCAGAUGCCACCGUCCUCUGCCACCAGCUCAACUGCGGUAGUGCGGAGGCCACACCCCGAGGAGGCCACUUUGGGAACGGGGACGCUCCCAUCUGGCCUGAUGUGUUUCACUGUGUGGGGACAGAACCCUAUUUGUGGAAUUGCCCAGUAAGCACCCUGGGGGCCGGGGCCUGUGUGCUGGGAAACGCGGCUGCCGCAGUCUGCUCAGGUCUCCUCCACGCCCUGCGGCUGAGAGACGGACAGAGCCGCUGCGAUGGCCGCGCGGAGGUCUCCCUGGAUGGGGUGUGGGGCCGCGUCCUGGACGACGCGUGGGACCUGCGCGGCGCCCGCGUGGUGUGCAGGCAGCUGGGGUGCGGACAGGCUGACCGGGCCUACGACGCGCCCGCGCCCAGGCGCGGGGCGGUCCCGGUGGGGCUGAGCCGCGCGCGCUGUCAGGGCACCGAGACCCGCCUGACCCAGUGCAACGUGUCCGCAUCCCCGCUGGUACCCUCGGGAGCCUCGCGGGACGCGGGCGUCGUGUGCUCCGGGAGCCGGCGGGUGCGGCUGGCCGCGGGGCCCCACCGCUGUGCGGGGCGCGUGGAGGUGCUGCACGGGGGCACGUGGGGCACCGUGUGUGACGACGGCUGGGACCUGCAGGACGCCCACGUGGUCUGCCGGCAGCUGGGCUGCGGCCAAGCCCUCCGCGCCCUGGGGGCCGCGCCCUUCGGUGCGGGGUCGGGGCGCAUCUGGAUGGACCAGCUGGGCUGCAGCGGCCACGAGUCUGCGCUGUGGCAGUGCCCGUCGCGGGGCUGGGGCCAGCAGGACUGCGGGCACAAGGAGGACGCCGGCGUCAUCUGCUCAGGGUCAGUGGCUCUGAGACUGCGAGGUGGCAUCCACCACUGUGCUGGGUGGCUGGAUGUGUUCUACAAUGGGACGUGGGGCGCCGUGUGCAGUAAUGCCCUGAAGGACAUCUCCUUGUCCAUCAUCUGCAAGCAGCUGGGCUGUGGGGAGCAGGGCUGGCUAGAGAACAGACCCGUCCACACUGGCUCAGGCACCUCCUGGGUGGACAACAUCGAGUGCCGCAGGCUGAGAAACUCCACGCUGUGGCAGUGCCCCUCGGCACCAUGGCACCCACAUUCCUGUACCCCUGGAGAGGAGGUCUGGAUCACCUGUGCAGAGAAAAUGGCACAGGAUUCCGGGGAGACCCUCAACUGCUCAUCCACCCACAGCUGCCCAGAAGAGGGUAUGCUGCGUGUGCGUGGGGGCAAGGACAACUGCUCUGGCCGUGUGGAGCUCUGGCAUGCUGGCUCCUGGGGCACCGUGUGUGAUGAUUCCUGGGACCUGGCAGAUGCAGAGGUUGUGUGCCGCCAGCUGGGCUGUGGCCCGGCUGUGGGUGCCCUUGUGGGGGCUGCCUUUGGGCCAGGCUCGGGGCCUGUGUGGCUGGAUGAGGUGGGGUGCCGUGGCAGUGAGGCAUCCCUGUGGAGCUGUCCUACAGAGCCGUGGGGACUCGGAGACUGUGGGCACAAGGAGGAUGCAGGCGUGCACUGCUCCCGUGACAGGGGAACCACGGCCUUGCCACCAGCACUGGCACAGACAUUGGGUAGUGUGCUCUCCCUCAGGGCUCAGCUCAUGCUCUCCUGUCUGGCCCCAACUCAGAGGGGCCCUACAAUGGGUUCUCUACAGAGGGGUGCCCUGGAGUCUCCUGUGGGUGCCAAGGCUCCAGUCAGCCCCUCCUUAGGCUGGUCGGGCCAAGGCCCUCCCCUGGCCCCUGCAUCUGCCCUCAAGGCUGGGAACCUACCCAUGAUGUUUUGCGUUGUCCUCGGCACCCUUCUGGUCAUUGUCUCCCUGGUCUUGGGGGCACAGUGGCACCGUGGCAGAACCCGCAGGGGUUCCAGAAUGUUGGGGAGUUUGCCCUCGGAAGGUGUUUAUGAGGACAUCGGAGCUGUCCCCAUGGGGGAGAAAGACGAGGGGCCCAGAGUGUCCCAGAACCUGGCCCUGGAGGAGGAGUAUGAUGACGCUGGGGAGCCGGAGCUGGGCCCUGAGGAGGAGGAGGAAGAGGAGGAGGUGCCCCUGAGCCCCACUGGUGGGGCUUCUUGCAGCCUCGGCCCCAAAGCUCAGGCUGAUAUGGAAGACACAGCGUGCCCUAGGACGUGAUGACAGUGAGCUGGCCAUGGGAGACAUCAGUGAGACCAGAGCAGGGAGAGAGCCCAGGCCCUGGAGGGCUUUCAUUGUCCUCAUUUUAAAAGAUGUCAUUAAAGUCCCUUUGAACUCACUCAUUCAUGCAUUAAUUCAUCUCAGAAACAUUCCUCAGACUGCCCCCUCUCAGCCCAGGUUCUGUUCUCAGCUACCCCCUCUUCACCCUAGUCCCACGUGGUCGCGUGUUUUCAACGUUCUGCACCGACAACUUCUUGCCCACGUGGUUCUCCUGUGCG